GACAAUUGACAUUUUUCCUCCCCUGCGCUAACUCCACUCAAAAUAAAUAUUAUUUUUAAUUAAAACCCCUAAAAAUAAACCAACCCCUGAUUCCAUUUAAUAAAAAAAAUAUUUUCGAAAUUCCCAGUUAUCAUCACCGACUAAUCCAUUCACGCACUCACUCACUGCUUUACUCGCUGAGUCACGCCCAAGCAACAAUGGAGCGAGAUUCAUCCGACGAAGACGACGACCGCCAAACCUUAAUCCACCAAAACGACACCAAAAACCUCCCGCACCAAAUCCCCGCCAGUCCACACCCUUCCACCGGCCGAAGAUCGAGUUUCCACAUCGAAGAGCUCGAAUCGCAAAUUCGACGGCGUUUCAAGCUUUCCUUCAACAAACGUUACCUCUUCGCCAUUUUUCUUCCUCUCCUCAUCAUCCCAAUCUACUUCUCCAAAGACAUUCGCACCCUAUUUUCUUCCAACAUCUCCUCCCUUAAAUUCAAUACGGUGUCCGAUCGAAUCAAAGAAUCCCAACUCCAAGCUCUUUACUUGUUAAAUCAACAGCAAAGUUCCCUUCUUUCUCUGUGGAAUCACACUUUCGUUAACUCUAAUAGCAACAUCACAGCCGUUCAAUUUAAUGAUAUCAAAGCCUCAUUACUCAAUCAGAUCACGUUGAACAAACACAUCCAGCAAAUCCUCUUAUCACCUCACAAAACCGGAAACACACUUCAAAACAGCACCGUCUUAAACCCCAAUGUUGCCAGUUACAGUUUCGGCCGUUGCAGAAAAGUUGACCAGAAAUUUUCUGAGAGAAGAACAAUCGAAUGGAAACCGAAACCAAACAAAUUUUUGUUCGCGAUUUGCUUGUCGGGUCAAAUGAGUAACCAUUUGAUUUGUUUGGAAAAACACAUGUUUUUCGCGGCUGUUCUGAAUCGGGCAUUGGUGAUUCCAAGUUCGAGGUUCGAUUUUCAGUACAAUCGAGUUUUGGAUAUCGAGCACAUUAACGACUGUAUUGGGAAAAAAGCUGUUAUCCCAUUCGAAGACUUCAUGGCAAUCAGGAAGAAUCACGCUCACAUUGAUAAAUUCAUUUGCUACUUUUCGAGUCCGCAGCCGUGUUACGUGGACGAAGAGCAUUUGAAGAAGUUGAAGUCGUUGGGGAUUUCGAUGGGCAAAUUAGAGACUGCUUGGAAGAGUGAGGAUAUUAAGAAGCCGAGUCAAAGGACGGUUAAGGAUGUGGAGGAGAAGUUUGGUUCGGAUGACGAUGUUAUUGCAAUUGGAGAUGUCUUUUUUGCGGAUGUGGAGAGAGAUUGGGUGUUGCAACCAGGUGGUCCGCUUGCGCAUAAAUGUAAGACUUUGAUCGAGCCGAGUAAGAAUAUCUUGUUGACUGCCGAACGGUUUAUUCAGACAUUCUUGGGUAGUAAUUUUAUUGCUCUCCAUUUUCGGCGACAUGGCUUCUUGAAGUUCUGCAAUGCUAAAAAGCCAAGCUGCUUUUACCCUAUUCCACAAGCUGCAGAUUGCAUCACGCAAAUGGUUGAAAGGGCCAAUACUCCAGUUAUAUACCUUUCAACAGAUGCAGCAGAAAGUGAAACUGAUUUGCUGCAAUCGAUGGUUGUGCUGAAUGGGAGGAUUAUACCACUAGUUAAACGGCCUCGGCGAAAUUCAGCUGAAAAAUGGGAUGCCUUGUUAUACAGACAUGGCCUUCAGGAUGAUCCUCAGGUGGAAGCUAUGCUGGAUAAGACAAUCUGUGCUAUGUCGAGUGUGUUCAUUGGAGCUCCAGGAUCAACUUUCACGGAGGACAUUUUGAGGCUCCGAAAGGACUGGGGAACUGCAUCUUUAUGUGAUGAGUACUUAUGCCAGGGUGAAGAGCCAAACUUUAUAGCAGGUAAGGAGUGAAGAAUGUGCAGAAAUAGCAGGUUGUAAACUUGUCAUAACUAAGCAUCGUCUCAUGCUCCUCGAGAUAGUCCAUUGCAGCGGAUGGUAGGUUUGCGAUUAUUGUAUUGUAGUGUAUUAUAAGAGCAUUUAAUUGAUUACUUAUUAGUUUAACAACAUUCUUACACUGUGAUCGAGUGUGUUUUAUGUCAUCCACUUUGCCGUUCAUGAAUUUAGCCCCUAAACCUGAAUUCAUUUAUUAACUUUGUAAAUUACUAUCCCUAGUUGAGGAGACAAUUACUUGAACUUCUUUAAGAUUAAUAAUCAAGGGCCUGUUCGCCCAAUUCUUGUAAGGAUUUAACGGUAGAAAUAUUUUUUGUACAAAAAAAAGUCGCAGCUAAGAAUAGAAGAAAGAGUUAUAAAAGUCUCGGCUUAGAAUAAAAAUAAUUAUAAAUAUUAAAAUUUGAAUUACAGAUUUGUUAGAUAUCACUAACAAAUAAUUGCAUGAACUCGGCUGAAUUACAGCCCAAAAUUAUUUCAUCUAAACUCAAUAUCCUUUUCUAUA